AGAUGGCGGCUCUCUCCGCGUUGCAGGCCUCUUCGUCCUUUGGCGGCGCCGAAAUGGGCGGCUUCGGCUUCCACAACUGCGCCCGGAAUGCCCACCUGGAAGCUGAAGGAGCCAAGAAGGGUCUCAAGCUCCCCUCGGCUCGCAAGACGGGGACCACCAUUGCUGGAGUCGUGUUCAAGGAUGGGAUUGUACUCGGAGCAGAUACAAGGGCAACUGAAGGGAUGGUGGUUGCGGACAAGAACUGUUCGAAGAUACAUUACAUUUCUCCAAACAUCUAUUGUUGUGGUGCCGGAACCGCUGCAGAUACGGAGAUGACCACUCAGUUGAUCUCUUCCAACAUGGAGCUGCACUCGCUCUCAACCGGACGGCUUCCGAGGGUGGUCACAGCCAACCGGAUGCUCAAGCAGAUGCUUUUCAGGUAUCAAGGUUACAUUGGAGCGGCCUUGGUUCUAGGUGGGGUGGACGUCACGGGAGCCCACCUCUACAGCAUCUAUCCCCAUGGAUCCACUGACAAGUUGCCGUAUGUCACGAUGGGUUCCGGUUCUUUGGCAGCCAUGGCGGUCUUUGAGGACAAGUUCAAACCUGAUAUGGAGGAAGAAGAAGCCAAGCAGCUGGUGAGAGAUGCCAUUGCGGCCGGGAUCUACAACGACUUGGGUUCCGGCAGCAACAUCGACCUUUGCGUCCUUAGCAAGAACAAGCUGGACUUCCUCCGUCCUUAUGACACUCCCAACAAAAAGGGGGAAAGGCAAGGGAGGUACAAGUGUGAGAAAGGGACGACAGGAGUCCUGACGGAAAAGGUGACUCUCCUCGAUCUCGAAGUGAGCGACGAGACCGUGCAGACAAUGGACAUCUCCUGAUUGUGUUGUACACUCCUGUGGCGGGGGAGGUGAGGAUUCGAAAUUGACAUUCCCUGCGUAGUAGAAUGAAUAAAACCCCAAUAAGAUCUGA